UAAUAGUAUCGCAAAACAGUGAACUUGUCGAGCUUAAUAUAAUAAAUAUUAUUGUAUACAAUUGUAACAAGGCAAGGGCCCAAUACCUAUGCAACAAUAUCUACAGUCUCCUAGCAUAUAAUGGUGGACAGGUUCUCCAGCUUUGGCUUGUCCUUAUCUUAUCGCGCAAGGUGGACGCGACAUGGGACUGCUGUCGAAACUUAUCAAUAUAAAAAUAGUGAAGCAGUAUUAUAUUGCUAACUCAUAGUAUUGAUAAACAAAAUAAAGCCACACGCGUAUAAUUAACAAAGAGGGCCCAAACUGCAGCCAUGUCCAACAUGCCAACGUCCACAUCCACAUCAAAGCUUAGUCAGGAGCGGACCCGGGAGUGGUUGGCGUCACAGGCGACGACGUCGGUGGACGAUGAAGAGCUGGAAUCCAUUGCAGAAUCAUCGGUAGUCGACAGCCUGGACUAUGAGUACUCGGAGUACACCCAAGAUCCGGAGGAUGAUGACGAUAACAACAACAGUCUCGAGGAAAUCAGCACCAUUACGCUGGGCACUCAACUCCCGGCUAACAAACGCUCCGUCAUCAGCGAAACAUUACGGGACUUGAUGAACAGCAUCAACAGUAUCCAGACUUUGGGCAACGUUAACAUCAGCAAUUCUACAAACGUACAUAUCGGCAAUGUGACCAAUAUUAAUGGCAAUAUACAGAUCAUAGCAGAUACCUUAAGAAGGCCGCGUAAAGAUGCUCGAAGGGUGUCCCUAUCCGAUGACCAGGACGAGGCCGAGGAGAAAGUGCGUUCGGAUGUGUUUAUAAGUAGCCAAAAAUUCAAAAUACCUAAAGAGCUGUUCUCGAUAGUUCCCCGGCACUCCUGGCUGGCGCAAAAUCCCAUGGAAGAGCCACAAAAUCUACAGCUACCCGUUAAAUAUGUGGUCAUAUUACACACGGCCACAGAGAGCUCAGAGAAACGUGCAAUUAAUGUCCGUCUUAUUCGUGAUAUGCAGUGCUUCCAUAUUGAAUCGAGGGGAUGGAACGAUAUUGCUUACAAUUUCUUGAUUGGCUGUGACGGCAACAUCUAUGAGGGCCGCGGCUGGCACACGGUCGGAGCCCAUACUCUUGGCUACAACAAGCUUUCACUGGGCAUCAGUUUCAUCGGUUGUUUCAUGCGUGAAUUGCCCACGGCAGAUGCCCUGAAUAUGUGUCGCAAUCUGUUGGCUCGAGGCGUGCAGGAGGGCCACAUUGCACCCGAUUACAGACUUAUUUGCCACUGCCAGUGCAAUUCGACGGAGAGUCCGGGCAAGCGGCUGUACGAGGAGAUACAGAAGUGGCCGCAUUUUUACAAUAUCGAAAAGGAGGAGCAGUGAGGAUAAGUAUCAACAUAUGUGAAUGCAUUAGACUUCAGUCUUGGGUUCGGAUAAUAACAUUUUUAUUAUUUUUUUGAUUUUUAAUACAUUUUAGAAAUAAACCCAACGUUUUGUUUGAAA